CCAGCUCGGUCAUAAACCGAGUCUCCCGGUGUGUUUCGUGGGAGAAAGGGGUUAAGCAAACGUUUGGGAAGAGCUGUCGGUGUAUAUAUUUAUACAUAUAUAUGUAUAUAUAUCCCUCCACUCGUCUUCCACAACCAGGCCGGCGGCCUCUGCGCGGACUACCCCGGCUGUAAUGCCUCCUGCUCGGCUUGCUCCACGGCUGCACACACAGGCGCGUCGGUAACCGAAAUCCACGGAGCCCGCAGCCCGCUGGCCUCCUCCUGACCCGACAUGCGAGGAUGUGUUGGAGCAGCAAAGGUCGAGGAGCCGGAUCGAUGCUCUUAUCGGUGAUAAAGUAGCGGACCCCCCACCCCACCCCACCCCAAACCCACACACACCCCCCCACGCUGAUAUAUACAUCCGGCCCGGCUUGUCGGUGGGUCCCCGCCGAGACUGAGGAUGAGGAAACCCAAAGUUAUCCGGAUGGUUUUCGCCUUGUGCCUGGGAUGUUUCUUUAUGGUCAUCUUCUACUUCAACAGCGGCCUGAAGCCAGCCUCGGAGACGGUGGACGAAAGAGGCGGUGGGCAGAAGUCGAGGAGGAGUCCUCUACAGGCGCUGUACGACGGUGACCAGGUUGAGUCUGCAGUGCAGGCCAUCCAUCAGGGUCGACGGGAGCUUUUAGAGGAAGCCUGUCGCUCCUACACCCGCAAGCGCAGAGUCCUCAUCCCUGAGGACCUGAAGCACGUCAUCGUGGACGACCAGCACGGUUUGCUGUACUGCUACGUGCCCAAAGUGGCGUGCACCAACUGGAAGCGGGUGCUCAUGGUUCUGACGGGCGUAUCGGGGUCUCACACGGACCCGCUGGCCAUCCCCGCCAACGAGGCCCACGUCCCGGGAAACCUCCGCACCCUCUCGGAGUACACCACCUCCCAGAUCAACCAGCGCCUGCGCUCCUACCUGAAGUUCGUCUUCGUUCGUGAACCUUUCGAGCGCCUCGUGUCUGCGUACCGCAACAAAUUCACCCGGAGCUACAACACGGCUUUUCAUAAACGAUACGGCACAAAGAUAGUGCAGCGGCACAGGCGGGACCCGCAGCCGGAGGCUCUGGAGAGAGGAAAUGAUGUCUCGUUUGAGGAGUUUGUGUAUUACCUCGUGGACCCGGCCACCCAGCGAGAGGAGCCCUUCAACGAGCACUGGGAGCGGGUGCACUCGCUGUGCCACCCCUGCCUCAUCCACUACGAUGUGGUGGGGAAAUAUGAAACGCUGGAGCAGGACUCGCGCUACGUGCUGCAGCUGGCUGGGGUGGAGGACCAGGUCAGCUUCCCCACCUCGUCCAAGAGCACCAGGACUACAGGAGACAUGGCGGCCCAGUUCUUCCACAACAUCAGCCCUUUUUACCAGAAGAAGCUGUACAAUCUCUAUCGCAUGGACUUCCUACUCUUUAACUACUCUAUACCAGCCUACCUCAAGUUUAGAUGAGGCUUUGGAUCAGUCACCCACAGACUUAACUGGAACUCUGUGAACCUUGACACUAAAUGUAUGGUUUGUUUUUGAGUUGUUAAUCUCUGUAGUCCUUAUAACGAACACCGCAAACAUUGCUUAAAUAGAGAAAAGCACCUGAAAACAUGUCCUGAUUGGAGCUCGAAGGAAAGUUCAAGAUGGAGGACUUCUGUGCACAGAGCAGGUACAACUUUGAAAGGACCUUCCAUCAAAAAAUUAAUGUUGUUGCACCAAGAAGGCAAACUUUAUUUAACUGUAGCCAGCGAUCAAACGGAUGCUGGUCGCUGCCUUUGAAUGUCUGAGAUGCCAUUCAACUUUCUUGUUUCAUGUUGUCUGCUGUUUCAAAGAUGUUUUUGCACAACAAAUUUAUCCCUACAAGGUGCAGUAGCAUAAUGAUAAAAAUAUUAAACGAAUAUUUAGAUAAUGAAUGUCUCCAAACGUACGUGCCUUUGAUUUUGGGCCUUAUUUCGUCCCUGGACGGCAACAGCAACUUUUGUAACUGUGACUCUGUUUACUUUUUUUGUACUGUAGGAAGAGAUGUUUGUGUAAUUAUGGCAUUGUUUUUAUUUAUUGUGUUAUUUCUGACUGACAAAGUCAGGCAAACCAAAAUAGAUACAUAGUUUCUCUCGCAAUUUUCAAAUAAAUGCAUCUCGGCAAGAA